GAUUCUACGAAUAAUUUAACAUUAUCACGAUCGUUUCCGGGUUGUCCAAGAUGUCCGGAAAUGUCUUUCCAUUUCCAUGAAAUUACAGGGAUUAGUUCCCAACCAAAGGGUCAAGGUGUUCGUUCUCCGUGAUCCCGGCAUGUAUCGGACAAAGGCAGAACGUUCGUUACACAAUUAUUCGAUGGCAAUUAUGUACUCGUUCGCACCAACGAACGCUCCGUUUCGUCUGUUCCCUUGCUCGCGCCUUAUUCAUCCUUCCUCCCUGUUACCAGCUUGCAAUCGCUUAGAUUAUAGAGCAAAACUUUACAAGUUUUUUUCCAUUGAAUUAUACAAUCAAGUAUAUUAAUUCCGCGUAUUAUCGUUUUUAGCGGUAUCAUUUUCGCAUUAAAAGCGAUUAAUGCGUUCAUGAGCGUUUCCGCGAUCUUUCCACAACAUCCGUUUGUAUGAUUACUCUACUAUGCUAAACGUUCUGACGCGCGAGUCGAUGCAAACGCGACAACUUGAUGGAGAAGUAAAAGGCGUAGGGAACAAAAAGUCGGGGAAGAGCGAAGUGGAGAAUACAAAUUGCGAGGAAACAAGGUAAUGGAAGAUCGUAUAGAAGGGAAAGGGCCGAUAAAGACGAGUGGUCGGCAUUGCGUAUGAUGGGCUGUGACGACGGUACGUCAAAGUAGAUCUAGUAGGUAGAGGUGGAAAAGUAGGUGGUAUAGGUGGGUAGAAAAAGAGCGGCGAAAAGUGAACUAGCAAAAUGAGAGAGAAAAUGGACGACACGAUGUAGGAGGUGGAACGCGAAAACGAGAUGAGGCGAGACAAGAGAAGGAAGAGCGAUGAACGAGAAGGAGAGGUAUUAGCUGGUAAGAAAUCGUAGGAGGAGUGAGGGAAUGUAGGUAUAAUGUAAAAGUGGAAACAGCGACAGAGAGAAAGAGAGAGAGGGAGAGAGUGAGGCGGGUAGGCAAAGGUGAUGGCGGCAGUGCGACGCGAGGAAGAGUACAACGGAACGAAGAAACGAAGGAAAGAGCGGAUGAAUGGAGACGAAACGAAGAAGGAAGAGCGGAGAAGUGGAAAAGGAGUGGGGCAAUGAUAAAUCGUUCACCUGAACCGCAUGCUCGCCGUUCAGGAUCCAGUGGAACGGAAGCAUCGCGGUCAAAGGCUUGGACGUCGACGACGACAACCGUAACCACAACAACGACGAAGACGAAGACGACAGCGGGGGCGACAGUGACGACGACGAGGACGAGGCUGAGGACGAAGUACGAGGAGCGAAGCUAGAAGGAAGAUCCGAAAACGAAGACGCGAAAAGAAAGACAGCGGCGGCGCGUCUGAUGAAGAAAAGAAGAGAACUUGUAUUAAAAUCGAAUAAAAAGGUCGUGCAGUGAGCGUUUGAUCGUUAGAGAUACGGUGAUCGAGGGAUAGCACUGAGCCGAAAGGAAGAAAGGAAAAAAGAAAGAAGAGAGUAGGAAGAACAGAUUGAGAAAGAGAGAACAAUCGGUCGAUCAAGAUGAGAGUACAUCGUGGGAUUUGCGCGAAACUCCAAGGAGGAUUCCUUAGGCGAUGGUGGGCAGCGGUGGCUGUCGGGGCAUUGAUGAUCAUCGUUGCCGCGAUUCUGGCUGCGGUCUUUCCAAAAUUGGUCGACGCUUUGCUGAACAGAGAGAUCGCCCUUCGAGAUGGUAGCCGCACGUUCAACUGGUGGAGGGAACCUCCGGUGUCACCUCGAUUGAGCGUCUACAUUUACAAUGUGACGAACGCCGAUGAAUUUUUAAACGAUGGCGAGAAACCAGCAUUGGUGGAACUCGGCCCGUACGUGUACACGCAACACUGGGAGAAGGUCGACGUAAAAUUCAACGAUAACGAUACGUUGUCGUACAAAAUGAAGAAGGAGUUUGUUUUCGUACCGGAACUGUCGGUCGGCUCGGAAGAGGAUUUGGUCGUGGUGCCGAACAUACCGAUGCUUUCGGCCACCACCCAGUCCAAGAAUGCAGCGCGUUUCUUGAGGCUGGCGAUAGCCUCGAUCAUGGACAUACUGAACAUAAAGCCGUUCGUCGAGGUUUCGAUCGGUCAACUGCUCUGGGGCUAUGAGGACCCGUUGCUCAGGUUGGCCAAGGACGUGGUUUCGAAGGAUCAAAAGUUGCCGUACGAUCAAUUCGGUUUGUUGUACGGGAAAAACGGGACAACGCCCGACUGGUAUACCAUCUACACCGGCCAAGAAGACAUCGGUAAAUACGGAAUUCUGGACAAGUGGAACGGAAAGAGCAGCCUGGGCCACUGGACCACGGCGGAGUGCGACAGCGUCGCUGGCAGCGACGGAAGCAUCUUUCCGCCACGCAUCACCAAACAGACGGUGCUGAAAGUGUUCGACAAGGAUCUUUGCAGGGCAUUGCCCCUGGUGUUUAAGGAGGAGGUGACCAUCGCUGGUGGAGUACCCGGGUAUAGGUUCGUGCCCGCGAACGGCGCGUUCGCUUCUCCGAACAGAUUGGGAUCACAGCGAUGUUUCUGCCCAGCGGGUCCACCUUGCGCUCCCGAGGGAACCUUCAACGUCUCGCUCUGCCAGUACGAUUCGCCGGUGUUGCUCAGUUUUCCGCAUUUUUACCUUGGGGAUCCGUCGCUCCGAGAGUCGGUAAGCGGAAUAUCGCCGCCGGUCGAGGAGAAGCAUCAAUUCUACAUCGACGUUCAACCGAUGAUGGGCACAUCCUUGAGAGCGAAAGCAAGAAUUCAGAUAAAUCUGGCGGUCAAGCAAGUGCGGGACAUUAAGCACGUCGCCUCGUUCCCGGAUAUUGUUUUCCCGAUCAUGUGGUUCGAAGACGGUAUCGACGAACUUCCGGCAGAGAUGCGAAGCCUGAUGAAGAUGGCCGUGGACGUGCCGCCGAUAGCUCGAGCAGCGGUAUCCGGAGCUCUGGCAGCGAUAGGAGCGAUCGUUUUGAUAGGAGCGCUCCUGUGUCUGGCGCGCGCCGCCAAACGACAAGAGAAGCUGCACCUCACCAAUCCAUUGCCGUCGAACGCGACCGCGGGCAAAACCGGUCAGCUGAACCCGGCUUUCCAGAAUUCAUCGAGUUCCAAGUAGAUCGUCCGGUUGCUCGGUCGGCCGUUUCUACGUCCUGCGAUCUCGAGCGCGUUAUGUUUUCACCCUGGCAAUUUUUCAAGGGAUACAACGAUCGAGAGAGCAAGAGACGUAUAGAGAGAGAUAUAUAUAGCGAGAGAAAGAGAGAGAGAGAGAGAGAGAGAGAGAAACAAUUAGGAUCGCUGCGUAAGAAUCGUUUCGGUCUUGAAUCGAUGUCGUUGUCGUCGUCGUUGCCGUUGCCGUUGCCGUUGCCGUUGCCGUUGUCGUUAUCGUUAUCGUUGUCGUUGUCGUUGUCGUUGUCGUUGUCCUUGUCGUCGUUCUUAUUCCCUCUUAGAGAAAAGGGGAGAGGGCAAUCACGUUGUUUCGCGUAACGAUAACGUUUACCUUUUUACGAGGACUUUCGCCGGGUAGUAUAACGACAGCCGGCCGUUCCACGCCUUGUUCACGCGUAUAUUCCACUCGAGCAAUACCUCGGUUUCCACCGAAUCGUUCGCGCCUUUGUAGAUUCGUGCGAAUUAAAGCGAACGAGGUAGGAAAGCGAAGCGGAAGAGACAGAAGUACGCAUUGAAGUUUCAACGUGUUGCGUGUCGCGUGCAUGUGCGCGCAUGCAUACGCGCUUACAAAAAGAGGAGUGCAAUUACGAGAGAGUACGAAGAGGAGAAGGGAAUUAGGAAUAGAGGUGGGGUGGAAAAGUAGUAGGAAGGAAGUGCGGACUUCUAUCGUGAAACGAGCUCCAUCGUCCGGACGAAUCAUCGUCAUCGACGGUCGAUUUAUCGAAGACCGCGUGCGUCAGCGAUCGAUAAAGAUUCUCGUCUCUCGGUUACCGUACAAGAGAAAAUCCUUCCGUCCAAGGUACACUCGAUCGAGUGUACGAGAUCAGACACGAGCCAAGUCGUCGUCCUCGGACUUUGACGUACCUGGUGGCCGUCGAGAUCUAAUUGUUAUUCAUUUACCUUCGUUUAUUUGUAUUUCGUUGUAAACACGUUAUUCGAGAUAGACUACGGUUAGAUUUCUAGAUGAAUUUAGUUUUUUACGAUGCAGCAAAAGGGGGUGGAGAGGAGGUGCGGGAGAGUUAGAGAAAGAGAGAGGGAAAGCAGAAGAAGGGGAAGAAAUUGGAGAAGGAGGAGGAGGAGGAGGAGGUGGAGGAAGACAAAAAAAAUAAAGUAGCCAAAUAGUUUUGAAAUCGGAUCGAUUGGAGACGAUUUCGAACGACGUCGUGGAAAUUUACAAUAAAACCGUGUGCGACAAGCA